AUGGGGCAGCAGGGGUUGUGCAGUCUCAUGUUGAGGUUUAAUUCGUACAAAAGGACUAAUAUACUGCAGCAUUUGAAAAUGUCUCAUCACAGAGAUGCAGCAGCAGAAGUCCUGUUGGAAAGAAAAGGCUGUGCAGGAGUGAUAACACUAAACAGACCAAGGUUUCUGAAUACACUGACUCUUAAUAUGGUUCAGCAGAUUUACGCACAGCUAAAGAAGUGGGAACAAGAUCCAGAAACUUUCCUGAUCAUCAUAAAGGGAGUUGGUGAAAAGGCUUUCUGUGCUGGAGGUGAUAUCAGAGCGGUCUCAGAAGCUAGAAAUACAAACCAGGAAAUGCUUCAGGUUUUUUUCCGAGACGAAUAUAUUCUGAACCACGCCAUUGAUUCUUGCCAGAAACCAUAUAUUGCACUUAUUCAUGGAAUUACAAUGGGUGGGGGAGCUGGUGUCUCAGUUCAUGGGCAUUUCCGAGUGGCUACUGAAAAGUCUGUUUUUGCAAUGCCUGAAACAGCAAUAGGGCUAUUUCCUGAUGUGGGUGGAGGUUAUUUCUUGCCACGACUUCAAGGAAAACUUGGGUACUUCCUUGCAUUAACAGGAUUCAGGCUGAAAGGAAGAGAUGUGUACACAGCAGGAAUUGCUACACACUUUGUAGAUUUUGGAAAGUUGGGCGUGUUAGAAGAAGAUUUGUUAGCCCUGAAAUCUCCUUCAAAAGAAAAUAUUACAGAUGUCUUAGAAACUUACCAUGCAAAGUCAAAGAUUGGUCAAGACAAGCCUUUUGUACUUGAGGAACACAUGGACAAAAUAAACAGUUGGUUCUCAGCUAAUACUGUGGAACAGAUUGUUGACAAUUUACAGCAGGACGGUUCAUCUUUUGCCCUCGAGCAACUGAAGGUAAUUAAUAAAAUGUCUCCAACUUCGCUAAAGAUCACACUAAGGCAACUCAUGGAGGGGUCGUCAAAGACCUUGCCGGAAGUAUUAACUAUGGAAUAUCGGCUGAGUCAAGCUUGUGUGAAAGGCCAUGACUUUGGUGAAGGCGUUAGGGCAGUUUUAAUAGAUAAAGACCACAGUCCAAAGUGGAAACCAGCUGACCUAAAAGAAGUUACUGAUGAAGAUUUGAAUGAUUACUUCAAAUCUCUGGGAAGUAAUGAUUUGAUAUUUUGA